AUGUCUUCCCCCGCUCAAAACUGCAAAGUUGCCGACAUUUCCCUAGCUGCCUUUGGUAGAAAGGAAAUUCAGUUGGCUGAACACGAAAUGCCAGGGUUGAUGGCCAUCAGAGAGGCGUACGGUGAAGUUCAACCUUUGAAAGGUGCUCGUAUUGCCGGGUGUCUGCACAUGACCAUCCAGACCGCGGUUUUGAUUGAAACCUUGGUGGCUCUGGGUGCGGAGGUUACGUGGUCGUCCUGUAACAUCUACUCGACCCAGGACCACGCUGCUGCUGCCAUCGCCGCUGCCGGUGUGCCUGUGUUUGCCUGGAAGGGUGAAACCGAGGAAGAAUACUUGUGGUGUAUCGAACAACAGUUGUUUGCCUUCAAGGACAACCAAAAGUUGAACUUGAUCUUGGACGACGGUGGUGACUUGACCACUUUGGUUCACGAAAAGCACCCAGAGAUGUUGAAGGACUGCUACGGUUUGUCUGAAGAAACCACCACGGGUGUCCACCACUUGUACAAGAUGGUCAAGGAGGCCAAGUUGAAGGUCCCAGCCAUCAACGUCAACGACUCCGUCACCAAAUCCAAGUUCGACAACUUGUACGGAUGCAGAGAAUCGUUGGUCGACGGUAUCAAGAGAGCCACCGACGUCAUGGUUGCUGGUAAGGUUGCUGUCGUUGCCGGUUUUGGUGAUGUCGGUAAGGGUUGUGCCGACUCUCUAAGAGGCAUGGGUGCUCGUGUCAUUGUCACCGAAAUCGACCCUAUCAACGCCUUGCAAGCUGCCAUGCAAGGUUACCAAGUGUUGCCAAUGGAAGAAGCCGCCCCAGUUGGUCAAAUCUUCGUUACCACCACCGGUUGCAGAGACAUCGUCACCUCCGAGCACUUCUUGUCCAUGCCUGAAGAUGCCAUUGUCUGCAACAUUGGUCACUUCGACAUCGAAAUCGACGUUGCCUGGUUGAAAGCUAACGCCAAGGAAUGCACCAACAUCAAGCCUCAGGUUGACCGUUUCUUGUUGCCAACCGGCAGACACGUCAUCUUGUUGGCUGACGGUAGGUUGGUGAACUUGGGCUGUGCCACCGGUCACUCUUCCUUCGUCAUGUCCUGUUCUUUCUCCAACCAGGUGUUGGCCCAAAUCGCCUUGUUCAAGGCUGGCGACAAGGAAUUCAGACAGAAGUUCGUUGAGUUCGAGAAGACCGGUCCUUUCGAAAUCGGUGUCCACGUUUUGCCUAAGAUCUUGGAUGAAGCUGUUGCCAAAUUCCACUUGGACAAAUUGGGCGUUCGUAUGACCAAGCUAACUCCUGUCCAAUCCGAAUACUUGGGUAUUGCUCAAGAGGGUCCUUUCAAGGCCGACCACUACAGAUACUAA